GGGAUGGUGUAUCCUCGUCCUAUCUGCUCACAUCUUUACUGUUGUGUACAGACAGUGAUGAUGAAAGUAAGAUGGCGGCUCCGGGAGGCAGAAUCGGUGACAGUAUGAGCCGGUGGGAGUUAUUCUCUUGCUGACGACGGAUUUUGGCAUCUUUCACACUUUUUUGGGGGGAGAGUAUCCGAUUAGGGUACCGAAUGAGACAAAGCGAAUAGAUUUUCUGGGACUUAUCGAAAAUAUCCGAUUGAGCUACCAGGACGGAGAUAGCUAAGGAGUUAACCGGCUAGUCAAACGACCGAUCCAGGAGAGGUGUGUGUGCUCCGGGUGCAUGCCGGCAGCUUGAACCGGGGGACGCUGACUUCUGAUCGGGAGACGUUAAGUGGCAACAAGCGAAUUCAAAAAUCGACGGCAAUGGACUGCGUCCCCAGGACUGGCAAAGGGGAGGCCGGAGAGACCCUGGGCCUCCGAUUGUAGACCCGGGUGACAGCACUGACCCAGGCUGUCCCAAAAGGGCGGCGGGCAGGGCGAAGGUUUCGGCGCCUGCGGAGCACGAUCCAGUCCCCCUGUUGUACUCUUUACCUGCGCACGGCCGGCACGGCUACCCCAGCUCGCACAGCCUGGCCGCCUUCGGGUGCUGCAGAACCGCUGUUUUGACCGAGGCUCACUCAACGCGACGCCGGACAGAGUGUCGGCGACCCCGCCGAGGAAUGGACACUGAUGAGUUUGUUCCCCCAACCGAGUGCCCAGUAUUCGAACCAUCAUGGGAGGAGUUCACAGACCCCCUGGGCUACAUCGCCAAAAUACGGCCCAUAGCCGAGAAGACUGGUAUCUGUAAGAUCCGCCCCCCUCCCGACUGGCAGCCUCCGUUCGCCGUAGAGGUGGACAACUUCCACUUCACGCCACGAAUCCAGAGGCUGAAUGAGCUGGAGGCGGAGACGCGCGUCAAGCUGAACUACUUGGACCGUAUUGCCAAGUUCUGGGAGAUCCAGGGCUCCUCGCUGAAGAUCCCCAACAUUGAGCGCCGCAUGGUGGACCUCUUCAGCCUGGCCAAGGUGGUGUCGGAUGAAGGGGGGUUUGAGUCAGUCACUAAGGAGCGGCGUUGGGCCCGCAUAGCCCAGAAGCUUGGCUACCCCCCAGGGAAGAACAUCGGCUCGCUGCUAAGGUCCCACUAUGAGAGGAUUGUUUACCCGUUUGAGAUGUUCCACUCAGGAGCCAGCCUGCCGCCGCAGUGCAAACCGCGACCGUAUGACAGCGAGGACGUGGACAAGGAAUACAAGCCUCACUCCAUUCCACUGCGGCAAUCUGUACAGCCGUCGAAGAUCAGCAGCUACGGGCGGAGAGCCAACCGGCUGCAGCCUGACGGUCCUGAAGACUUGCCCCCCCACCCUCUCACCGCUGGCUCUCAGCACACCUCUUCGCCGGAACCCACGGAGGAGGACAUCGAGAAGAAUCCAGAGCUGAAGAAACUGCAGAUAUAUGGGGCGGGGCCUAAGAUGAUGGGCCUGGGGCUGGUGGCGCGAGACAAGGGGGUGAAGAGGAAAGAUGAUCUGCCACAGACUGUGGUCGUGAGGGAUGGCACCACGAUCAAGGAAGAGUCGGGGGAGCAGGGCGGGGGGCCGGAGGCUUCCCACACCAUUUCUGUCAAGGAGGAAGAGGGAAGGACGAGUGAGGAGGAGGAGGAACGCGACGAGCCAUGUACCAAGAUGACCAUGCGACUGAGGCGGAAUCCAAGCAACGUACAGCUGGUGGACUCCUUCGUGUGUCGGAUGUGUGGUCGCGGAGAUGAAGACGAGAAGCUGCUCCUCUGCGAUGGCUGUGAUGACAACUACCACACCUUCUGUCUGCUGCCGCCGCUGGGUGACCCCCCCAAGGGGGCCUGGCGGUGCCCCAAAUGCGUGGCUGAGGAGUGCAAGCGGCCGUCGGAGGCUUUUGGCUUUGAGCAGGCCACUCGAGAGUACACCCUGCAGAGCUUCGGGGAGAUGGCCGACACCUUCAAGUCCGACUACUUCAACAUGCCCGUCCAUAUGGUUCCCACCGACCUGGUGGAGCGCGAGUUCUGGCGGCUGGUCAGCAGCAUCGAGGAGGACGUCACCGUGGAGUACGGCGCCGACAUCCACUCCAAGGACUUCGGCAGUGGCUUCCCACUCAACAAUGGGAGGCGGAAGCUCUCGCCGGAAGAGGAGGAGUACGCGAGGAGCGGCUGGAACCUGAACGUGAUGCCCGUUCUGGAGCAGUCCCUCCUGUGCCACAUCAACGGCGACAUCUCAGGCAUGAAGGUGCCCUGGCUCUACGUGGGCAUGUGCUUCUCCACCUUCUGCUGGCACAUCGAGGACCACUGGAGCUAUUCUAUCAACUACCUGCACUGGGGGGAGCCCAAGACGUGGUACGGCGUGCCGUCGGAUGCGGCUGAGCACCUGGAGGACGUCAUGAAGACGCUGACCCCGGAGCUGUUUGAGUUUCAGCCUGACCUGCUGCACCAGCUGGUGACCAUCAUGAACCCUAACAUCCUCAUGGCCCACGGGGUCCCGGUAUACCGAACCGACCAGUAUGCGGGGGAAUUCGUCAUCACCUUUCCCCGGGCGUAUCACGCUGGCUUCAAUCAGGGGUACAACUUUGCAGAAGCCGUCAACUUCUGUACAGCUGACUGGCUCCCAGCUGGCCGUUCCUGCGUGGAGCAUUACCGGCGCCUGCGCAGAUACUGCGUCUUCUCCCACGAGGAGCUCGCCUGCAAGAUGGCCGCCUGCGCGGAGAAGCUGGACCUGAACCUGGCAGCGGCCACUCACAGGGAGAUGCUCAGCAUCGUGCAGGAGGAGCGGAAGCUGCGCAAGGACCUGCUGGAGAGGGGAAUCGUGGAAGCGGAGCGUGAGGCCUUCGAGCUCCUGCCCGACGAUGAGCGCCAAUGCGACAAGUGCAAGACCACGUGCUUCCUGUCAGCCUUGGCCUGCAGCGGCUGCCCCGAGCACCUGGUCUGCCUACACCACACGCAGGACCUGUGCUCUUGUCCUGUGGAGAAGCAGUACCUCAGGUACCGGUACACCCUGGAUGAACUGCUAGCCAUGCUUCACCGCCUCAAGGUCCGGGCCGAAUCCUUUGAUUCCUGGGCCAGUCGGGUAAAGGAGGCGCUGGAGCAGGAGGAAGGGAAUAAGACGGACGUGGAGGAGCUGGAGGCGCUGAGGACGGAGGCAGCUGAGAGGAAAUUCCCCGACAACGAGGUGUCUCAGCGCCUGAACGCUGCCUUGAGUGACAUUGAGCACUGCCAGGCCGUCAGUGGGCAGCUGAUCAGUGGCUCCCGCGGCAGGAUGCUGAGCCUUGCAGAGCUGCGUGACCUGCUUGAGAAGAUGAAGUCUCUUCCUUGUGUCAUAACUCAGGUGGACGAGGUGCAGGUCCUCCUGACUUCCGUGGAGCAGUUCCAGAGCCGGGUCCGUGCCCUUCUGGAUGGUGGACGUUGGAGCCAGGCCCCGGCCAAUUCAGAGGAGCUGCAGGAUUUGCUGGAGGAGGCUAAAACUCUUGCGGGCGAACCCCCGGAGUGUGAGACUCUGAGGGGCCUGCUGGAGCAAGGCUGCUGGCUUGGGGAGGUGCGCAGAGCGCUGGGCCCACGGGACAGCAGCGCUGAGAGUGCCGGCCACACGCCGGCUUCGCUGACAGACCUGCGGAGUCUGGUGGAGGCCGGCCGGGCCCUGCCGCAGAGCACCGCCGUAGAGGCGGCCAUGGCGGAGCUGCAGGAGCUGCUGACCAUCGCUGAGCGCUGGGAGGAGAAGGCGCAGAUCUGUCUGGAGGCCAGGCAGAAGCACCCGCUGUCUACACUGGAGGCCAUUGUCAGUGAGGCCACGGUGAUCCCAGUGCAGCUGCCCAACAUCCUGUCUCUGCAGGCCUGCCUGGGCCGUGCGCGCGCCUGGGUCACUGACCUGGAGGAGAUCCAGAAUGGAGAGCAUUACCCCUGCCUGGACGAUCUGGAGGGCCUGGUGGCCGUGGGUAGGGACCUACCUGUGCAGAUGGAGGAGCUGAAGCAGCUGGAGGUGCAGGUGGCCAGCGCCCAGGCCUGGAGGGAAAGGGUCAGCAAGAGCUUCCUGAAGAAGAACCCGGCACACAGCCUGCUGGAGGUGAUGGGGGCCACAGUGCCUGGGGGUGGGCACCCAGGGCCAGCCCUACUAGGGACUCUAUCCUCAUUUGUUUCUUUUAUAUCAUGGCAGGUGCUAUGCCCCUGUGUGGAGAGGGGUCAAGGCAAGCAUGGCCGGUCAGACAUGGGCAGCCUAGGCCUCACUGCACAAGAUCUGAGGGACCCUGGAGCUAUAGUGUCAGCGUAUAAAGACGGAGAGCGACGAGAGAAGGAAGCUAUGAGGCGCCUCCGUGAGGUCAACAUGGCCACGUCAGUGUCACUGGAGUGUGAGGGUGAGAGGCACAAAGAGGGCAGAGAGCAGGACAGUGCGUGCCUGAGCCCAGCGGCGCCCCCUGCUGGCCUGACCGCAAUCUGCGUGUGCGGCCACCCUCCCCGCGAGCCCCUCCUUCGCUGCCGCAUGUGCCAGGCCCGAUUCCACGCCGGCUGUGUGCCCUUCCCUGCUCUCUCAAUGCCCGCCUCCCCAGUCUGCUGGUGGGACUGGGACGUCGGCUUCCUGUGCCCGCUGUGCCGGCGCUCACGGCGACCACGCCUGGAGACCAUCCUGGCUCUGCUGGUGGCACUGCAGAAGCUGCCAGUGCGGCUGCCUGAGGGAGAAGCCCUACAGUGUCUGACUGAGCGGGCCGUCUCCUGGCAGGGCCGGGUCCGCAGCGUGCUGGAACACCCCGAGUUGCAGGGGGCGCAGGAGACUCUGCGGGAGCUCCGGGAGGGCAAGGGGGGGGGGCAGGACUUGGAGGACGGAAGCCCCUCCCACCCGGACACCAGUGCAGUGAUAGCGAAUCGCUGUGAAAAUGGACAUGGCGACGGGGAGGAUUCGCACAACGGCACAGGUGUGGAGGCACUCCUGCACCUGUUACCCUCCCUGCAGGGCCCUGUAAUCGAGCUGUCUCCGUCAGCCGUGUCCCAGUUGGAAGAGCUACAGCUGGAAGGGGACCUCCUGGAGGUGACUCUGGACCAGACGCUGACCAUCCACUGGCUGCUUCAGGCCGCCUCCCGCCCCCCCUUGCGCACUCUGCGUGCCCUUAUAACGGCAGAGCUGCAGGAGCAGCAGCAAGCUGGGCGAGGCGGGGGCCGAACGAAGGACUCCAAAAGGAAGAGGAAGCGGCUGCGGGAGGCGGGCAGGGCAGACGAAGGCCUGGGCUGCAAGAAGCCCCACCCCCCGAGCCCACUGACCCAGUCGGAGAUCCUGUGAAGGGGGAUGAUGGAUUUACUGAAAACAUGGUGGAUGGGCCAAUCACCUCCUCCCCCCACCCCCCCACCCCACACCCGACACACACACACACACAAACACAAAGCGCAGCCACCCAGGACAGAAGGAACAAAAUAAGGGCAGGGUGAACACCAGCCCCCACCCGCCCCACUGACUGCUCUCAGCCCCCCCAGAGUGUGCCAAGGGCUGCUGGCCCUGUGUUUUUGGAGGUGGGGCUGUGGAGUCACGCAGCUGGUUUGUUUCCCCUUGAAGCACUGAAACUGCGCCGCCCCCCCCCCCCUUCACUGGAGGCUGGACUUCUCAGUUCGGCUCGGACUGCGUGAAGGUCUGUGCCCCCGGUGUGGGUCAGACCUGCAGCAGAAGCUGCACAGGUAAUGCCCCCCGCCCCGUGCCCCCCUCCCCUGCCGCCGCGGACUGCAGCAUACGGUGGGGGCUCGUAACCGUAUUUUUUUGUAUUGGGUCUUGGGCUUUACUGAAGGUAUCAAAGGAGAAAAUGUUUGGGAAGUUUAAAGAAGCGUGCAGGCAUUUGGUGCUACUUUCCAAAGCCGUCUCCUUUUCCAUUCUCUUAUCUUUCUCUCCUCCUCCUCUCACUACUUUUUUCCUUUGGUUUUUCCACCUUUUCUUCCUGAGCACUUUGUUCUAACAGAAUUUCUGUCUUGGUUCAGAUAUUAAUUAUUAUUAUUAUUAUUAUUAUUAUUAUUAUUGAUAUUAUUACAGAUGUGGUUCUUUUCUGAUUUAAUGUUGCCUCCCCUCCUCCUAGUUAGGAAAUUAAAGGUUUAGAAGUGUUUUAGGA